AUGGUUUUCAACCAUAUCCAAGACCCCCGAACUCUCCAAGAUAUUCUCAAGGGAAUUCACAAGGUUUUCAAUGUGGAGGCAGUUCCUACCAACAGAACCAAGGACGAUUUCAACCAAGAAAUCCCUACAAUGGUGGCAGAGGCCGUGGAUUCAAUGGCCAGCGCAGUGGACGCUCCCAAGCUGGUCGCUUUCAGCCAGGACGAAACUAUCAAGGCAGAGGCCAACCACAGCAACAACAGAGACAAAACUACUACUCUGAGUCGCACUACAAUCAAGAAGCUGAUGUUGGAGGCCAAUUUCUGGCUGUAUAGCUCUCCUAUGUUAGAAGUAAGCGAUCCACUGCCGCCUGCAAUCUACCUGUUCAAUUGA